CUGACAAGCCCGAAAGUCAUUUCCAAUCUCAAGUGGACUUUGUUCCAACUAUUGGGGGCGUCGCUCCCCCUCUUCAUGGUCGGGGGCAAACUUCCUCCUCGGCGCCGCUUCUAAUGGAGCCCCACCUGCUCGGGCUGCUCCUCGGCCUCCUGCUCUGUGGCACCAGGGUCCUCGCCGGCUACCCAAUUUGGUGGUCCCUGGCCCUGGGCCAGCAGUAUACAUCUCUGGGCUCUCAGCCUCUGCUCUGCGGCUCCAUCCCAGGCCUGGUCCCCAAGCAACUGCGCUUCUGUCGCAAUUACAUCGAGAUCAUGCCCAGUGUGGCAGAGGGCGUGAAGCUGGGCAUCCAGGAGUGCCAGCACCAGUUCCGGGGCCGCCGCUGGAACUGCACCACCAUAGACGACAGCCUGGCCAUCUUUGGGCCCGUCCUUGACAAAGCUACCCGCGAAUCGGCCUUCGUGCAUGCCAUCGCCUCGGCCGGAGUGGCCUUCGCAGUCACGCGCUCCUGCGCGGAGGGCACCUCCACCAUCUGUGGUUGCGACUCCCAUCACAAGGGGCCGCCCGGCGAGGGCUGGAAGUGGGGUGGCUGCAGCGAGGACGCGGACUUCGGGGUGCUCGUGUCCAGGGAGUUCGCGGACGCCCGCGAGAACAGACCAGACGCACGCUCGGCCAUGAACAAGCACAACAACGAGGCAGGCCGCACGACCAUCCUGGACCACAUGCAUCUCAAGUGCAAGUGCCACGGGCUGUCGGGCAGCUGCGAGGUGAAGACCUGCUGGUGGGCCCAGCCCGACUUUCGCGCCAUCGGCGACUUCCUCAAGGACAAGUACGACAGCGCCUCAGAGAUGGUGGUGGAGAAGCACCGCGAGUCCCGGGGCUGGGUGGAGACCCUCCGCGCCAAGUACGCGCUCUUCAAGCCGCCCACGGAGAGGGACCUGGUCUACUAUGAGAACUCCCCCAACUUUUGUGAGCCCAACCCCGAGACGGGCUCCUUUGGCACCAGGGACAGGACUUGCAAUGUCACCUCCCACGGCAUCGAUGGCUGCGACUUGCUCUGCUGCGGCCGCGGCCACAACACGCGGACGGAGAAGCGGAAAGAGAAAUGCCACUGCAUCUUCCACUGGUGCUGCUACGUGAGCUGCCAGGAGUGCGUCCGCAUCUACGACGUGCACACCUGCAAGUAGGGAGCCAGGGCGCUGGGAAUGGUGAAGUGUGUGGCUGGGCAGACUGACUGGAGUUCUAUGGGGAGCAGGACCUAAGCCGGGCUCAGCCCUCCGCAUCAGACAGCAAGGAAUCCGGACUGUUGCCUGAUGCCCGUGUGGUAAACUACCUGGACCCAACCGCCCACUGACCGGGAGGCU